AUGAGGCGAAUGGCUGAGUUCAGGUAUCCGGAAUUAGCUGAGGAUGAGCCGAUUUUCAUCUACAGCUGCGACGCAGCUCUGCUCUCGGGAAAGCCGAUCGGCGCACAGCUGUGCAAGUAUCCGGUGGAAUACUUGCAUGAUAUUCACGAACAAAUUGCUUCAACGGCCAGCGCUGAACCCAAGACAUCUUUCGAUCCAGGAGACAAGGCAUACGUUACCUUCGACGGUUUUUUCAGCCGUGCUGAAAUUCUCGAAGUAAGAGACGCCGACUGCUUAUUGGAUCUGGUAGACUUCGGAACGAUGGAACUUUUCCCAAAGCAAGAGAUAUACCCUCUAGACCAGGAGUUGUGCACCUUUCGGGAACGAAUCGGAAUCCAAAUCCUUCUGAAGAAUGACAUCGAGGUCACCAGCUAUGCUUCAGCCCAUUUCAGUGGCAUUGAACCGAUUGAAUUGAGUGGCAGACGAUAUUUCCAUGGACGACUGAGCGACUUCAGCGGCCUCUCAGAGCGAUCGAAGGUCUUCCAAGUGCAACGAUACGUUCCCGAGAAAUCGGCGUCCGCCAUGCAAGAGUCAUCGACGCUCAUUGUGGAGGGACAAGCCAAGCCUGUCAUGGAGGGCGGACCGAUGUCUGCGAGCGAGCAUGGGGCUGAUUCAGCUGCGGAUAGCCGAGCGGUAUCCGUGCUCGCAAACGGACCGAAGCCCGAUGCGGGCGAAAUGCCAGCGCCUGGAAACGGGCCGAAGUCCGACUCGGGCGAGAGGCCAGCGCCCGAAAACGGUACACGUCAAGCACCCAUCUCGGGCGACGAAGCACUGCGACUCCCAGUGAGUAGACCUGAAUUGGUACCGGAGAAAGCACCGGAACCGAGAGAAAAUCUCGCCCUCGCUCAGGAUGGAGCAACGACGCUCGUGACGGAGAGCGAGCUGGCGGCGGCCGAUGCAAUAGAAGGGUCGAAGUCGUUGGACACUCAAUCGCCCCCUGAUACGAUCGGCAACUGUGGCGGCGGGAAAAAAGCUCCGCGAGCAGCGCGAAUCCCUCAGCCUGAUUUGAACGAUAUCGAGAAAGUUGUGGUUUCAGACGUUCCCGAGCAUAGCCCUCUUCGGGCAGUACAAUUGUCGCGCUUCGAUGUCUUGGCGCUCGAGAAUGAGCUCGACGCGUUUUACGGCGACGCGAGUAAUCGUAAGAAAGCCAGUGACGUCCAAGCAGGCCAAUUCGUCAUUGCCCCGUUUGGCUCCCAAUACUGUCGGGCUUUCGUGAUGUCGAUCGAUGGACGAGAAGCGAGCUUAGUCUACACGGACUACUGUUCGGAAAUCAAAGUAGGAGUUGACGAGCUGAUUGAAUUGACUCCAGGGCGCUUCACCGAGCAUCCGUGGGCAGCCGUCACCUGUUCGAUAGAUGAGCCUGUGGAGAUCGAAGAAGAACUGACGCUGAAGAUCGAAUCCAGUUACCAGGACGAAUUCGGGCUGCCCAUAUACACUGUUAGGAAGUACGUAGCAGAUGCGGCCGGCGACGGCGAUCGGAGCUGUAAGAAUGACAAGAUGAAGGCAACUUAUCCUCCAUUGGAGUUCAAUGACAAGGAGCAAACACUCUAUACGUCCGCUCUUCAAGGGAUGUACGCCGGAUUUCAACUUGGUCAGUAUACCGUCGAGGAGAUGAAUUCAUUGAACGAGAAGCUCACUGAGAACCUCAAAGAAAAUGCCCCGAUAGAACCGGUCGAUGUCUUCGCCGUUGGAGAUCUUGUUGGCAUCGACCUCGGAGACGGUUUCUAUCGAGGAGUGGUUUCGAAGCUCGACGGUGGAAGAGUCGAGGUGUAUCAAGUGGAUUUCGGCCUCGUGGACACCGUUGAGAAGAAUAAAAUUCGACAUCUACCGAGCGAAUUUAUCCACUUCCCCUCGAUCGGGAUGCGUUGCUCCUUGAGAGAAUCUCAAGUGAGUGCCCUUCCGAAGGAAAGUUUCAUCGCAAGGAAUAUCAAGAAGAAAACGCACACAGACUGUUACGAUGUCUAUGAAUUCGACCUGACCAGUGAAGCGGAAGAAACCUCGAAUAAUCACAGUAAUGAUCAAGUAGCCACCUUGAACACCUCACCGAACGAAUCCGCCGUCGGAGGAACGAAAGCUAUUCAAUCCCAAAGCGGAACUAGUGACGGGAUUUCCGGGAACGGGAAUCGCGCAGAGUCUUAUCGAGACCCUGAGCAGCCUGCGACAAGGAUCCAACACAAAUUCGAGAAGGAGGAUUUCAAUCACAACAUCUCAACAAAGCCUGAGGCUCUCGAACCUGCUACACGGGCAUCAACAAGGAUCGCUCGGGAGCUUGAUAUCGGAGAAAUGCCGACCGGCAAGGUAUUCGAAAUCGUUCUCGGAUGUGAUCCAGUCCAAGAAGCGCUGGAGUCCUGCUCGGCACGAAGUCCGGUCGGGGCGAGUUCAGCCGACUUCGAACCCGGAAUCAAGGAGCCAGUGAAACUUAGCGCACAAAUGGCAUACCAUCCGCUUAAGGGGCCUGAUCCGGACCAUGCGGCACUCUAUGGAGCGCUGUCGAGUGGAGGCAAGCCUCGACGCCCACUGACGGUACCAUACGAAACCGCCUCUGCCGUCGGAUAUCCCGAAUUCACAUCCGUACCUGAGAAAGUCUUCGUUAGCGAGAAAACGGAUCUUGGAAUGAUGGUCCAGUUGAGUCGCUUCGAUCUGAAUCACUUCCACCUGAUCGAACAGGAAAUGAAAGCUUUCUUAGACAGUUAUCCGAACUUGGAGCCCGCCCCGCUAGGAGUCGGGGAUCUCGUCAUUCUGAAUCGGGACGAUUAUCGUCGCCGAGCUGAAAUCCUAGAGGAGGUCGGCGGUCAGUUCCUGGUCGCCUGCAUCGAUUACGGCUGCACUUUCGUGGUUCCCGGCAAUCAGUUGGUUCCCCUACCGAAAACCUUGGAGAGGUUCGUCCGUGCCGCUUGUACGCUGGAUGGGAUUUUCCCCUACAGCCAAGGACAGGAAAUCGACCUCAUCUUGUACACAGAAAAUGGGAAAAUUCGAGGGAAAACAGUUCCCUCGGUCAGCCCUCAGAAAAAUAUGAGCGACCGUGAUCAGAAUGAGUCCUUGCGCUCAUCGCCGAUCUCGAUGAGCAGUGAGAAAAUCAUCGAUUUCGAUCUCAAUGAUGUCAGGGACCUGGAGGAUCCUUGUGCUGACAGGAGCUUCGACGUUGUUGUGACGUCGGUGCAUCGCGCCACCAAAGUCUGCGUUGUGAAGAGCCGUUCACUGGCGCUCUCGAAGAGUGUCGGCGAGACCUUGAGAAAUCAAGCCCCCGAUCUCCGGCCUGUAGCCUCCGCAAACCUGCGACUCGGCUCCGCAGUGGUUGCGAGACUCGAAACGGAGCCACCACGUUUCCGGAGGGCGAAAGUCAUGCAUUACAACCGAGCCGUGAAACUGUUCAAGUUGUUCCUCGUCGACAGCGGGAUCAAAGUGAAAUUACCUCUAUCGAGUCUUUUCGAAUUGCCUGCAGAACUCGACCUCGGGGAGAUCCCGGGCUAUGCUAAGAUACUCAAGCUGAGAGCCGACGACUUGGCGUUCGAUGCGAGGAUCGUCUCCGAAAUCUUCGCGGGAACCCUUCGCUGCACUUUAUCGUACUCGCAUCCUGACGAUGUCAUCCCUGGGGAGUUCUGCUAUGAAGCCACGUUGCGUAAUAAAUCCGGUAACGUGAUCAAGCAGCUCAACAUGAAGGGAGUGGUCACCGUCCCAACGGAUCGUUUCCUGAGGAACCCGAUCGUGAUACCGUGCAGUGCCGAGUCCGAGUAUAUGGACGCGAUAGUUGUCGCUGCCGAGAGAACCGACUCCUCGAAGUACAGCGUCACACUGCUUCUCGUCGAUCUGAAAGAACGCCUGGAUCGAGUGCUCGUCGACAGGGACCAACUCAAGAACCUAUAUGCUGUGAGGCGGGGAGCUCCCGCGCUAGCAUUCUUGGACAAGGACCCCAGUCCUUGGAAACGAGCUCGGAUCGUCGGACGUCCGCUGCCUGGCAAAUACAAGCUGUUGCUAGUCGACGCGGGAAUCGAGAUCCUGAGUCCCGUGUUGAAAACCUACAAAUGCCCAGCCAAUCUCCUCCACAUACCAGAAGCUGCGGUGGAAGUUUCAAUACGAUCGGAUCGGCAAUUGAACCUCAACGCGCUCAAGGAUAGAUUGGUUGUGGUGAAGAGACACUGGAGCAUCGAUUAUAGCGAAGGAGCUCCGAUGGUCGAGCUUUAUGAUCAUGAGGGUCACAUCCUUCUACCAUAG